AGGUGCUUAAUUAACAAACACAUUAGCUACAAGUUGGGCGUUAACAAAAUUUGAACUGAAGUUGCUAUAAAAAAAAAAAAGCAAAAACAUGUUAUAAAAUCUAAAAAAUAUAUGAUAUUAGGUCUUCUAUCCUUGCCUUUGCCUAGUUUAUUGGAUCAUGUGAGAGCGUAUUGAAUUUUAUAUUCAAUUCAAAUCAGAUUCCUUUAUUAAUUUACUAACAGUUACAACAAAUUGUCUGAAAUUAUGUAGGUAGAAGACUUAAAUAUACAAUUGGCUACACGUUCUUUUCUUUCAAUAUCAUAUUCUGUCGUUUCCAUUCAUGUGUAUCAUUUAGAUAGGAUCAUUUUGCAUUGCACAUUUGCACUACUCUAUCCUUCAUUUGUAACAGUCCUUCAACGAGAUAGGCUCUUCAUGAGAAAAUUUUCCUGCUUCACACAAACUUUGUCAGAACACACCCAAGUCAGUUUGAAGGCUCGGAUUCAGUUCGAAGGCGCGGAUUUUUUACAAAAUGUUGCAGUUAGAGUGGUCCUUGAUCUGCCGCAAAUUCAGGGAUUGGUGAGCAUUCAUAUUUAGUUGUGUAGCAUGAUUGUUCAAUUGGCCAUUUUGUUAAGAAACAUCGGUAGUCCCAGCCCUAUCCAAUUAUUUACCACAUAAUUGAUAACAGGUGACACUUUAGCAGCAGCAUGCACAUGAGCAGCAGCAGGUCUGCAUCAUCAUCUGCUGACUUAGUCAGAGGACCAUAACAAUUCACCCAUCAUUUGACAUUCAGGAUAAAAAUACAAUCAUCGAUCCAAACUAAAACUACUAGUCUAUCUUCCUUUUAUCGGUUUGUAGGGCCUCCAGAAAAUUUGUAUAAAUACUGAAAUUGCAUUCACCAUGACUCUGAAACUGUUUAGUCCGUAGGGAUUUUAUCAGUUUGUAGGGUCUCCGGAAAAUUUGUCUGAACGCUCAGAAGUAAAGUCCAUGCAUGCGACAUCUUGCCUGUUUUCUGGGAUAAUAAGCACUCCCUUUCAUAUAACUUUAACCACUCAUGUACAUCAAUUUCCAUGUACUGAGUAGUAGUAUUCCUGCAAGGCUGCUAAAACUCAUACAAGAGAACAAAACUCGACAGUGUCACUCGUGUAUUGCACAUUUUUUGGAUCAUGGUACAGUAUUUGGCAGCAAUAUUUGACACUAACAAUAAAAAUCACCACAUGUUCAUUUUCAUUGGGAUAGGGGGAUGCAGAAAACACAUUAGCUGUUAAGUUGGGAGUUAAAAAACACAGAAAAACAGCAUCAGAAAGGAUUUAUUUUAAAUUAAACUAAUAUAUAUAAUAAUUGUAUUAGUUGGUAAAUUGGUUAAGAAGAGACAAAGUUGAACAAGCACAAGAAAUACCUUCAUAUAAUAAACUGACAUCAUAUUAUUCCCCACUUACAAAGAUUCCUUUUGUCUUGCCUAACUUCAUAUAUAUAUGAGGUAGAGAAGGAUGAACAAAGCAUCAAACCAAAAUUUGUAUAUCUCUUCAUUCUUUGCCUUUAGAAAACCUUAAAAAACUUUAAAAUGGCGUCUUACCACACUCGAUCAAACAGUUUUCCUUCAAAAUCUCACCCAAUUGCUGAUCAACUCGAUCAGAAAUUGUGCAGAUUAAGAUCAUCUGAAACCGCCUCUACUUCAUCACUGACCAACAAACUUUCGGGCCUUAAAGAUUUAUACAUGUGUGUUGAUGAGUUUCUUCAACUGCCUGUUAAACAGAACACUCCAUAUGACAGUUGGGUUGAGAAGGUAUUGGAUGGAUCUCUAAGGCUCCUAGACAUUAGUGCUACAUCUCGGGAUGUCUUGGCUCAAUCAAAGGAACGGAUCCAAGAAAUACAAUCAGCCUUAAGGAGAAGAUCCAGUGGUGAACUUAACAUUACAAAUGAAGUCAAUGAAUACUUAAAAACCCGAAAAACAGUGAAGAAGAUGAUCAAGAAGUGCUUGAAAGAAAUGAAACAAGUUGAAAAAACUAAUGACACAAAUCCCAUUGAUGGGAUGUUGAAAGAUGUGCAAGCAAUUACAUCUGAUACCUUCAUUUCCUUGUUGUCUUACAUUGGCGGAUCACAAAAAAGCAGCUGGUCGUUCUCAAAAUUAGUCCACGGCCAAAGAGUUGAGAAGGAAACAUCAGCAUCUAGCAGUGAAUUUGAUGCAGUUGAUGCUACACUAGAGUUGAUGAUCUCCCAAAAAAAGAAAUCGAUUGUCGAUAUGUCACAGUUGGUUAAAUUAGAGUCAGAAAUUCAAGAAAUCGACGAAGGUCUUGAAUGUUUGUUUAGGAAUCUAGUUAAGACCAGAGCAACACUUCUGAAUGUUGUCAGCAACUAGAUCAGAAAGUCACUUAUACUAUACAAUUUUUUGAUAUGUAAAUGAUAAUUCUUUAUAAAUGAAUAUACAUUUUUCACAAAUUUUUGUCUUUUCAGUUCAUAGUUUAAUAUAUCCCCUGAAUUUCUCUAUUAGUUUUAAUAUAUUUCACUAAGAAAUU